CACAUGUAGCAUAACCAUAAUAUUUUUAUUUGUGUAUACUUUAUUCUAUUCUAUCUAGGUGGAGUUUCUGAACGUCAAUUUUAAUUGAUGUGCUUUUAAACUGGUCCAGAUAUAAAAUAUUGUGUUAAAAAUGACGCUUGUCCUACGGCAACUAUAUCAAUUCUAUACGAAACAAAGAAUGUGUACACCAAUAAGCCAUCUGAUUAAGCUAUCUAAUCACAAAAUUCAUACAUCUAAAGUUAUAUUUCAUGGUGAAUACGAAAUGCAGGAUCCUAAAACUGAGGCUGAUAUAGUUAACGUCACUUUUAUUGACAAAACAGGCAAGAAAGUUAAAGUAAAAGGAAAAGUAGGAGAUAAUGUGCUCUAUUUGGCUCAUAGAUAUGAAAUUGAUAUUGAAGGUGCAUGUGAAGCCAGUUUGGCAUGUACAACUUGUCAUGUAUAUGUACACCAUGAUUUUGUGGAUAAACUUUCAAUUCCAGAUGAAAAAGAAGAGGAUCUUUUGGAUUUAGCGCCUUUCUUGAAGGAAAAUUCUAGACUAGGUUGUCAAAUAAUUUUGAAGAAGGAAUUAGAUGGCAUAGAGCUAGAAUUACCUAAGGCAACUAGAAAUUUUUAUGUGGAUGGACAUACCCCCACUUCACAUUAA